UCAUAAUUACAGGUCUGCGUCUUAAAACACAUGCGCGACGUAUGCGGUUUGACAGAACUGCGUGCGAUUCCGCAUGCAUUAUGUGAUUGUGAUGUAAUGCGCAAGUGGUUCUAGGAACGCAAGCCAAGCUUUUUUUGGUCAAAAUGACGAAGAAAAGCGAUUUCAGUUGGCAAAUCCCUGUCGCAGCGAGGCUGCAGACCGGCGAUAUCUUUGAUCGAUGGCUAGAAGAUAAAGAUACGGCGGAAUAUGAGCAGGAUUGCGUGGUCAAAGUUGACGAAUUUGGAUUCUUCAUAUACUGGAAAAGCGAAGGAAGGGUAUGUAAAACGUCGUUCGUAUGCGUUCGAAAGCUUGAUGUACAUGAUUUUUCUUUGAUGUUUUCGCAGGAAGGACAAACGAUUGAAAUGUCGCAAGUUAGCGACAUUCGCAUCGGCAGUAGCCCAAAAGAUCCAAGAAUCACGUCGCAACUUCAGAGCCGCUUCGAAGAUACAGACAGUCAGACUAUCAUGGUGUGGUAUGGUCCUGAUCUUGUGAAUCUAACAGUGCAGAACUUCGUUGCAAAAAAUGCUGAGACAGCCAAGUUCUGGAUCGACAAGUUGCGAGUUCUGACUCAUAACAACAAAGCUGCUAACAUUUGUCCCAUGUGGGCUCUUAGAAAACAUUGGAUGCGACUGGGGAUGUCAACUGACCCGGAUGGAAAAAUCUCUGUGAAAACAAUUGCGAAGGCGUUCGCUUCCGGGAGAACGGAGCGGCUGGUUUAUCAGGCGCUGGCAAAUAUGGGUUUACCAUCCGAUAAGAUUGAUGCCAUUGAACCGUCUGAAUUUACGUUUGAGAAGUUCUACGAGUUCUAUUCUAAAAUCUGUCCCCGGAACGACAUCGAGGAGCUCUUCCGUGAAAUAACAAAAGGGGUCGGAGAGAACAUUACAGCGAAACAAUUCGUUGAAUUUUUAAAUGCCAAGCAGCGUGAUCCACGCUUGAACGAGAUACUGUAUCCACUUUAUGAUGAUGUGAGAGCGAAGGAGAUCAUCUGUGACUAUGAGGAAGACGAGAAGCUUGCGGGUGAAGGCUUGCUUAGCAAGCAGGGCCUGAUUAAGUACCUGAUGUCGGACGAAAACGCACCUGUUUUCCUGGACCGACUCGAAAUCUACAUGGACAUGGAUCAAUCUUUGGCGCAUUACUACAUCAGCUCUUCGCACAAUACUUACCUCAUUGGGCGGCAGUUCGGGGGAAAGUCUUCUGUUGAGAUGUAUCGCCAAGUCCUUCUCUCAGGCUGCCGUUGUGUCGAGUUGGACUGCUGGGACGGAAAAGGAGAAGACGAAGAACCGAUUAUCACCCAUGGUAAAGCAAUGUGUACCGACAUCUUAUUCAAAGAUGUCAUUCAAGCCAUUGCGGAAACAGCGUUUGUAACGUCGGAAUAUCCGGUCAUUUUAUCCUUCGAAAACCAUUGCUGUAAAAGUCAGCAAUACAAGUUGGCUAAAUAUUGCGAGACGUAUUUGGGGGAUAAUUUGCUGAAAGAACCGCUUUCUGACAAUCCUUUGGAGAAAGGCAUAGCCCUUCCUUCGCCGAAUCAGUUGAAGAGGAAAAUUCUGAUCAAAAACAAAAGACUGGAACGAGAGGUCGAGAAGAGCGAGUUGGAGUUGUUCCGGAAAGGUCAGCUCACUGUCAACGAUGAGGAUGAAGUGAAAGAGGAUGCCAAGGCCGAUCCGAUUCCCAAGGAAGGAGAUGGUAUGGCUGUGGAAGUGACGCCGGGAACGAAUUACCCCAAGUCUACCGCGCUCGUACAUCCCGUGCUGUCGUCGAUGGUGAACUAUUGUCAUGCGUCCAAGUUCCAAGGCUUUGAGGAUGCCGAACGCAACGACUUGCACUAUCGGAUGUCAUCGUUUGCCGAGAAUACGGGGCUUGGUUACCUUCGUUCCCAGGCUAUUGAGUUCGUCAACUAUAACAAACGCCAGCUUAGCCGCAUUUAUCCGAAAGGAACGCGUGCCGACUCUUCGAAUUAUCUACCUCAGAUUUUCUGGAAUGCGGGAUGCCAAAUGGUUUCGCUGAAUUUUCAGACAAGCGACGUUCCGAUGCAGUUGAACCAGGGAAAAUUUGAAUAUAAUGGAAAUUGUGGCUAUUUGUUGAAGCCGGAUUUCAUGCGAAGGCCAGAUCGAACUUUUGAUCCGUUUGCGGAAACGCCAGUAGAUGGCGUUAUUGCCGCUCGAUGUUCUGUCAGGGUGAUAGCGGGGCAGUUUCUGUCGGACAAAAGCGUGGGGACGUACGUAGAGGUGGACAUGUAUGGAUUACCGACGGAUACUAUUCGAAGGGAAUUCAGAACCCGCAUGGUUCCGGGGAACGGACUGAAUCCUGUGUACAAUGAAGACCCGUUCGUGUUCAGAAAGGUUUUAUGCAUAUUGUGUUCUUUUUGUUUUCUCGUGAUAGCUGCGUGGAAAAUGAGAAACGAGUGUGACCGAAAUGUUAUUUUGCCGGACUUGGCGGUUCUCCGAUUUGCUGUGUACGAUGAAAACAGUCGGUUGCUCGGACAGCGAAUACUUCCACUUGAUGGGCUUCAAGCUGGCUAUCGUCACAUUUCCUUGAGAACCGAUGCCAACUUCCCUCUAUCCCUAGCCAUGCUGUUUUGCAAUAUUGAGUUGCAAAUUUAUGUGCCAUUGGGAUUGGAAAUAUUGAUGGACGCAUUAAGUGAUCCGAGAGCAUUCGUGAGUGCGCAAGAGAAGCGUGUGGAGCAAAUGCGGGUCCUGGGCAUUGACGAGGAAGACAUUAGAACCAAAGAUAUAAUUAUGGGGAAGACGGGUGCCGUUUCAACCCCGAGCUAUCCAUCCGGUGGAACGCCGAUGCUUCCAACACCCAAAGUCGGCAACUGUGAAAAAAAAGAAUUCGUCAAAUUCGACCCCAUUUCCUUGACUUUGUUAAAAGAAGACAAAAUGUACCUCAAGCUUCUGAAGAAGCAACAAAAGGAGAUGGAUGCUCUCAAGAAGAAGCAGUCGAGAGAGAAAAACAACAUGAUGUACGGUCAGCAAGCUGCUUUUGACAAAGUCAUCAAGGGCUGCAAAAAUGCGUCGAGAAUGGCAAAGUUGAAGCUACCGUCGUGUAAGUUUAAGUGCAAAUACUCUUUGCGACAAACGGCGUCGAACGCGUCGUCGUGCUCGUCAUUGUCCGGUUCGCUCCGACUCGACGAGGAGCUGGCCUGCUGGGACCCAGGGCUUGACUCCACUGCCUGCUCCCCGGCAUUGUACAGAGAGAAUCCGAUGGAUGACAGACAAGUCAACGGUAUCCUCGGUGAACAAGUGCAGACGUGGACAGCGAUGAGCAAUCAGCAGAUCCGAGAAGAGUGGAAACUGCGGAAAGUGCACUUCAAGCAGCAAGAAGAGGUUCUCACCAAAUUGAUCGAAAUCGCGCACGAAAAUGAAAUGCGUAUGCUUGAUGAAAAGCAUGAAAAGGAAAUAAAGGAGAUGAAAGCGAGACACGUGAAGAAGUCGCUGGAGACGUCUCGAGAAAUUGCCAAUGACAUUUCGUAUUUCUUAUUCCGACUUUUCCUGGCUGCACACUUCCUCUGGUGUCGGGUUGCGCACAAGAAACAGAUGGAAGAAAUCCUCACCGAAGUUCGCAAUACGAAACGAGGUCUGCCGUUGCUUUGGCCGCUCAAACAGUAUUCUAAAAGUCUUCGAAAAAGCAACAAGUCUUGCAGCAACUGA